AAUCAAUUCACCUAUGAUACUGAGGCAAUUUUUCUAUAUUUGAAUAUCAUAAUGUGCGAGUAAACGGUCAAAUCGAAAGGAUCGGCAAGGAUGUGAAGCUUGUUCAAUCGCAGUACCUGGACGUUCUGUGUCACCAGUAGCUUAAUCCAUCCAGGAACUCGAUAAAUAUGUCGAGAUGUACCACCUUUGUUAAAUCCAGUGCUACAUAUCUCUUGCUACUCACGACGGCUUUCUUUGGCCAAAUAAAAUACCCAAAUGGCAGACAAUUCAAGCCCAAUCAUACGGGCAAUAGAUCGUCAUUGCAGAUCCAUCGGAGUAUGUCACUGCGAUUGGCGAUUAAGCAUACAGGAUUGCGAGGAAGGCUAUGUCAUGUGGUAUAUAAACAUCGUAAACAUUGCGAUCUCGGCAAUAACAGCUGUUAUUGGGAUUGUUCUGUUGAUCAACAGAAUUUUCUUCAAGGGACACACAAUCUGGAAUGGCGGUACCGGAACUCGUGGCUGGUUGCGACCGAAGCCUGUGGAUAGUAUGAUCAUAUUCUUUAUCAUGUUUAAUUCCUUGCGGUUGCUAAGCAGUGUGAUCAUCAUAACGGACGCACUACCAGGCAAUUGGAUCGCUCGAUCUUACCUUUUCGAGAUUCCUUGGGAUUUCGGAUUAGGAGGCAUAACGUUGUACCUCAUUGGGAUUGCCCAAACCAUCUCGCAGAGUCAUUCUGUGUCUAGCUGGCUACCAUCGCCCCUAGUAGUUGAUAUUUUUGGAUCUACAGCUUUGUUUCUCCCUUUUGUUUGCAGCGUUGCAGUAGCAGUUACAGCAGGCGCGUUGGCCGAGAGUGAUCUACCAACUGCAGAGAUCUUUGUCCGCUUGACCUAUAUCGCCUGGUUUUUGUGGACAGGCAUUAUCGGGUGCUCUGUGUUUUAUGCUGGAGUUCGUCUCGUGCGGAUAUUGCGAAGCUACCACAAGAAGGCUCGGUAUGGUCCAAAGUAUACAGCAGUCAAAAGCGGUAUUUACAGAAUACAAAUGAUGGUGGCAUCGUUUGUUGUAUGUCUUUGGGGUUUCGCUACGUUCCUGCUGCUGUAUAGUAUUCUGCGAGAUCAGAUCAUGACGAAUACGGCUGCUAAUAUCUUUCUCAGCAUUCCCUGGCACUUCUUGGGCGGCAUUACGACGCUGGUCGUUCAGAUAUCAGUGAUGGUUAGUCCUAAAUCGAAAAGCAAUCCUGCGCUUAAAUCAAAAUCUUCGUCUGGUGAAACCAACAAUGCUACAUCAGAAACUGGUGUAAGCACAGCACCAGAUCAAGAAAAUGUCGGUGGGUCUACUAUCGGUGCAGUGACUACUAUGUUCCAGGACGACAACGAGGCCAUUUUGAACGCUAUUAAAGCCAGUGAUAGCAAACAUAAGCAGCAGUCGUCACCGUAUGAGCUAUCAUGGGCCAACAAAAAGUUCAGCACUCAUUUUUUCAUUAACAAAGUACCCAUAAGACGUGCAUCCGAUGCCUCCUCCCAGUUAGAACUAACAUCCUACGACGACCGUUGACAUCUGUCACAAGUAUUUGUAACGAUCCAUGAAUCUUUCAAACUAUAUCUCGUCUCACUUUCUUUUACCAUGUUAACAUAAAGCCCCUUUCCUAUCGUUAAUUGUAUAUUCAACAUCUACAUUAUUCGCU